AAGUAUGUUAUCCCCCCACUCCUAAUCUUUUAAAAUUUGGUCCUAUAUGUCAUUUGGUGCAGCUGAUACACAGCUGAUAUUAUUCUCCAGAAAAGAGAAAUAAAAACAGGAUACGAUGUUAUCCAGCGUUCGAUCUGCCGCUCAGCGCCUUUUGAAUGGGAUCCAUUCAAGGGCUCUUAGGACAACAAAUGCAGUACAGCAUGAUAGCUUAUUUGUACACAGAGACAGUCCUGAUGACAACCAGGCUAUGUCUUUUGAAUUUACAGAAGACAACAAGAAGAGGGUAGAAGCAAUUCUGGCCAUUUAUCCUGAUGGCCACAAGAGAGCAGCUAUGAUUCCUCUUCUAGACCUGGCUCAGAGGCAACAUGGUUGGCUGCCCAUUGCUGCCAUGCAUAAAGUAGCAGAAAUCCUGCAUUUGCCCAAUAUGAGAGUGUAUGAAGUUGCUACCUUCUAUACCAUGUUCAUGAGAAAACCCAUGGGUAAAUAUCAUUUGCAAGUAUGUACCACAACGCCCUGCUGGCUUCGCGGUUCUGAUGAAAUUUUGGAGGCAAUCAUGAAAGAUUUGAAUAUUAAAGUUGGUGAGACAACAAAAGAUGGCAUGUUUACUAUCUCUGAAGUGGAAUGCUUGGGAGCAUGUGUAAAUGCACCUAUGGUUCAAAUUAAUGAUGAUUAUUAUGAGGAUUUGACAGUUCAAGACACCCAACAGAUUUUAAGUGAAUUGAAAUCUGGAAAGAAACCAAGGGCGGGCCCAUGGAAUGGACGAAUGGCUGCUGAACCUUUGGGAGAGCCUACUUCUUUGAAGGGUGAACCACCAGGCCCAGGAUUUGGCGUCCGAAGUGACUUGUAAACAUACUGCGUCUAGAAAUGAAACUAAUUAUAAACAAAUUUAAAAAAUAAAUAAUAUACACACCAA